CGAUGGCCGAUAGCCAACGGACAACGGAGUAAACGCUAAGGCCGAGUCACGUGUAUUUGGGUAUACCUCAAGAUCCCCAGGUGAACAACAAAGAAUCAUUUCGACUCGGGGCGCAAGGAGAACACGGAGCGAGACAUGUCCCACGAGUAAACAAAGUCGGCGACAAGAUCCUGAAACGGCCGCUUCUAAGUCACCCCACACUUAUAGGCUAAAGGGAGCUAUCCACCCUUCACUCUUUCUUAUUUUCACUCUACAGCCUGGAAUUCCUCGAUACAACAAUCUGAGCGGGGCAUAUGGUCUCCUCCAAGACUGCAGAGGAGGCGAUAACCCCUCAGACUCUGCUAACAACGGAUACCAUUCCCGUGGAGAAAGAUGAACCUCAAGACCCGAACGAUGUCUUCUGGGAUGGCGACGAUGAUCAAACCAAUCCCAAGAAUUGGAGCGUUGUACGCCGAUGGACACAUGUUGUUAUCAUCGCGCUUGUGACAUUUAUCACAUCACUGGGCUCAUCGAUGUUGGCUCCCGCAGUACCAGACGUGAUGAAAUCGCUUCAUUCCGAUAAUUCUGAGUUGGAGUCUUUCGUCGUUUCAAUCUAUGUCAUUGGGUUUGCGGUCGGGCCUCUGCUCGUGGCGCCCCUGUCAGAACUUUAUGGUCGCGCAAUUGUCUACAAUGUCUCCAAUGUCCUCUUUCUCGGUGCGACUAUUGGAUGUGCUCUCAGCACCAAUAUAGGCAUGCUUCUUGCCUUUCGUCUAAUUUGUGGUUGUGCCGGAGCGACUCCUCUUGCUCUAGGAGGAGGCUCGAUCAGUGAUCUCAUAGAGCCCGAACGAAUGGGCACUGCAAUGGCAAUUUGGGGAUUGGGCUCGUUGGCGCCACCUGUCUUCUCCCCCAUUGCUGGUGGGUAUCUUAGCCAAGACGCAGGCUGGAGGUGGAUCUUUUGGGUGAUUGCCAUUCCAAUGGGAAUUCUCACAAUAGUAUUCCCUUUCAUAGUCCGAGAAACAUACGUCCCCGUCCUGUUGGAACGCAAAGCGGCGCGCCUACGCAAGGAAACGGGCAACCCAAAUCUAAAAUCCCGACUCGACAGGCAACUCACUCGGAAGAAACUCAUUCUCGAUACCCUCAUCCGACCUCCUCGAAUACUAUUCACGUCGCCCAUUGUGUCAGUCCUUGCGAUAGACACAGCCAUAGUUUAUGGGUAUCAGUAUCUGGUCUUCACAACAUUGUCUUACAUCUUUCAAGAUAAGUAUCACCUCUCAACUGGUCUGUCAGGGCUUGUAUACCUGGGCAAUGGAAUCGGAACAGUUCUAGGAAUCUUUAUCAUCGGCUACGCAUCCGACAAAGUGACCGAGCGAAGAAAGAAAAAAGCGUCUAUACCAGACGAUACCCUACCACCAGAAGGCUGGCUCUGGCCCAUGAUUCCUUCGAGCUUCCUAGUUCCCGCAGGUCUGUUCUGGUACGGCUGGACACUGGAACGGAAUGCAUUCCCCGUGGUGCCCCUAGUGGGACUGGGUGUAUUUGGAUUUGGCAUGAUGGGCAUAUUCCAGCCAGUACAAAUCUACGUGGUGAAUUCUUUUGACAAACAAGCCGCCUCUGCUAUGGCAGCAGCUACCGUACUGAGAAGUAUUGUGGGUUCUUUAUUACCUCUCGGAGGACAAAGAAUGUAUGAUGCUCUAGGUAUAGGGUGGGGGAAUAGCUUGUUGGCAUUUAUUGCGAUGGGGCUCUUGCCCGUUCCAUUUUUGAUGAUCAAGUAUGGGGCACGCAUGAGGAGAGCGGACCCGAAUUUGCGAUAAUCUAGGACAGGUAUAUCGUGAUCUACGAGGCCUAACACACUUACGUACUUACGCACAAAUAUUAUGACAACGCCCAUGCUUGAUGACUUGACGCAGCUACUGGACUUGAUCGGGUAGAUAGGAUGGAAACACAGCCCCUAGACGAGAAAUAAAGAUAGUUUCAGAAUUAUAUCUGGGGAUUGAACUUAUGG